AUGGAAGAUGAGAACCAGGCCCCUGUGUUGUCACUUGCGUGGAGAAGUAAUUCAAUCUUGACAGUCGGAAGAUUUGAUGGCACUGUUGUUGAUUAUGACUUUAGAAAGGAUGACAUGUUCAUCUGUUUCUAUAAUGGGCAUCGGCGUGGAGUUUGUAGUCUUAAAUGGUCCGUGUUGUCAGGGCGGUAUUUGGCGAGUGGAGGGCAGGACAAACUAGUGCACAUAUGGGAUGCCUGCAUGCCUGUCUCACGUGAUCAUCCACGUCAACGUCAAUGGCUUCACAGGAUCAGCAGCCACACUUCCAUUGUGAAGGCCGUUGACUGGUGCCCAACUCGGAGCAACCUGCUGGCUUCUGGUGGAGGUUGCAAUGAUCAUUGCGUUAAGUUUUGGAACACCGUUAACGGUGCUUGCUUGAACUCGAUUGAUGCUGGCUCUGAAGUUUGUGCAUUGCUAUGGGACAAAAACAAAUCUGAAUUACUGACCUCCCAUGGUUCGUCGAACAAUCAACUCACCUUGUGGAAUUACCCAUCCAUGACGAGAGUGGCUGAGGUUUCCGGUCAUUCAUCCCGGGUUCUUUCCUUGGCUGGGAGUCCACUGGGAGGUGUAGUAGCUUCUGCAGCAGCAGAUGAGACAGUCAAGUUUUAG